CAAGAUAAAUUUUAGGAGCAGAGGGGUCAAACGCCAAUAAUCAAUAAAUUUAUUUGUAGCAUUUUCUUUUUGCGUUUCAUCUUACAGUCAUCUAUCUCUUCUUGAAGGACAAGAAAUCAUCCCCAAUUUUCAAAUCGUCCUUCCAAAACCCUAUAAUUUGAUUUGAUCUGGUUCUACGGAGUUUAUUCAUUAUUGUAAACCUCGCCACCGAUCAAUGUACAUUAAGGAACUCUAAGCCGGAAAGAUUGGUUCAUCUAUUCGCAUGAUAAACAAAAAUUUCAGGUGAGGUGACAGCUUCUGUAAGGGGAUAAGAUGGUGAAGCUGACAAUGAUUGCUCGUGUGACUGAUGGGCUUCCACUAGCUGAAGGACUUGAUGAUGGGCGUGAUAUGCAAGAUGCAGAGUUUUACAAACAGCAAGUUAAAGCUUUGUUCAAGAACCUUUCAAGAGGACACAAUGAAGCCUCUCGGAUGUCUGUUGAAACUGGCCCUUACAUUUUCCACUAUAUUAUUGAAGGGCGAGUAUGUUAUUUGACAAUGUGUGAUCGUGCUUACCCAAAGAAGCUGGCUUUCCAAUACCUUGAAGAUCUCAAGAAUGAAUUUGAGCGUGGUUAUGCCAAUCAAAUCGAAACUGCAGCAAGACCUUACGCUUUUAUAAAAUUUGAUACGUUUAUACAGAGGACCAAGAAAUUGUACCAGGACACCAGAACUCAAAGGAAUAUUUCAAAGCUGAAUGAUGAACUUUAUGAAGUACACCAGAUCAUGACACGUAAUGUUCAGGAAGUUCUUGGUGUUGGUGAAAAAUUGGACCAGGUGAGUCAAAUGUCGAGCCGAUUAACCUCAGAAUCUCGGAUCUAUGCUGAGAAAGCAAGAGAUUUAAAUCGACAGGCAUUGAUCAAGAAAUAUGCUCCUUUUGCAAUUGUGGUUGGGGUAGUUAUUAUACUCUUCUGGGCCAAAAACAAGAUAUGGGGGCCCAAGUUACUUAAUAACUUUGAGUUUAGAUUAUAUGGAGGCUGUUGUGUUUUGGCACCCAAAUGUUGUAGGUAA